AUGCACUGUGAGGCGGGCGGCCCGCGACGCAAUUACACUGCAGCCAGCAGUAUCCAGCCAGCCAGCCCAGCUCCCACACUCAUUACGCGCUCUCCGAUUCUGCCUGCUGCGCUGCGCUGCGCUGGCCCACCUAGUCGCCCCGCCAAAGCCGCGGUUCCAAUUAAAGGCCGGGGCGGCCGCUUCCAGAUUCUGGUCGCGUGCUCCGUGGCUAGAAACCUGCUGCAGUCUACACUGCCGCAGUCUACACUGCCGCAGUCUACACUGCCGCAGUCUACACUGCCGCAGUCUACACUGCCGCAGUCUACACUGCCGCAGUCUACACUGCCGCAGUCUACACUGCCGCAGUCUACACUGCCGCAGUCUACACUGCCGCAGUCUACACUGCCGCAGUCUACACUGCCGCAGUCUACACUGCCGCAGUCUACACUGCCGCAGUCUACACUGCCGCAGUCUACACUGCCGCAGUCUACACUGCCGCAGUCUACACUGCCGCAGUCUACACUGCCGCAGUCUACACUGCCGCAGUCUACACUGCCGCAGUCUACACUGCCGCAGUCUACACUGCCGCAGUCUACACUGCCGCAGUCUACACUGCCGCAGUCUACACUGCCGCAGUCUACACUGCCGCAGUCUACACUGCCGCAGUCUACACUGCCGCAGUCUACACUGCCGCAGUCUACACUGCCGCAGUCUACACUGCCGCAGUCUACACUGCCGCAGUCUACACUGCCGCAGUCUACACUGCCGCAGUCUACACUGCCGCAGUCUACACUGCCGCAGUCUACACUGCCGCAGUCUACACUGCCGCAGUCUACACUUACUUGUGUGAUAGCCUAUGGUGAAGACAGUGGUUGA